AUGAUAGAGCAGGCGGCGAUCGAAGGACGCGAAAUAUGCAUCGGCUUCCAGGAUCUGUCAACAUGCUUCAUGAGCAUCGUAAAGGAGAUACAAUUUCAGCUCGAGGCGGCGCUAGGAGUAGAACCCGAGAUCAGCGCGGUAAUUAAGGCGCUACACACAAACGUUACAGGGCAAUUUGAGACCGAACAUGGGCUGUCGGACGCAUUCCCCCUGGACCGAGGCACAGGCCAGGGCGAUCCGAACGGAGGGUCGAGGGCGAAGAUGCCGAUAGCAAUGGGACAAUGGGCGGUGUCCAAGUACGCGAGAGGAUUCGCGGUCACAAAAGGAGAAAACGGGCGGGUGCCACAGCUAUAUUACGCGGACGACGGCUCAUUCAUCACUGAGAGCACCGCGGACCUACAGGCGAUAUUCGACCUGAACUGGUACUUAAUGAAGAUGAGUGGCAUGGCGGUCAAGAAGGCGCGCCAAUGCGACUCCUAA